AUGAAAAUUAUUGUGGUUUUGUUUAUGGUGAUGCUGUGCGUAGGGCCUUCGUUGUGCGUUUGGGGCAAACUCAAAUCGAAAUCGACAGACACUACGAACACACCGACGUUGGAACGGAUGGGCGCUGAGCGUCGCGUCGGCAAGCCAGUAGAAGACAAAGAUUACGACGCAGAUGAAGGUGCCGGUUCGAUUGAAUUGGACGGCAUCGAAUCGACCAUCAUCAACGGCACUGACCAGGAGGAGCGCUUCUACAACAAGUUCCCACUUCACGUUUUCAUGAAGAAGAAACGGCCGUUCGUCAGCUUCUCCACCGUCACGCAGACGUCCACCGUGAUCGCCUUGAUCACGUCAUCGACCGUAGGUCUUUGCGCGAAGUUGGUCAACGUCACAGGUCCAUGUCGGUUACGCAGAGGCCUGUGGGAGGAAGAUCCGAUCGUCUUAUCAUUCGAAGACGACAUGGACUCGAUCGACGAGGCCCUUUCGCCCAGCAAAAUUUUCAGUAUCGAAACAACGGCGAUGCCGGAAGACGUUUCACGGAGCGAUGUCGAUGCAAACACUAAUCGGAACAAGAGGAUAUCCGUUCGUUCGGGAGCGCUGAUCCAAUCGUCGAAAGACGAUGGCGAAUCGAGGGACGAUGACGAUGGUAACGAAGGUCGUUUCGGCUUCUUCGGAUUGAAGAAGAAAUUCAAAAAGAAAAUCAAAUUCAUCACGGUGAUCACGACGACGGUCGUGACGUCUACCAGCACGUCGACCUCCUACUUCACCAAGAGCACCAAAACGUUCUUCAUCCAACUGUGCACUCCGUCGCCGUUUCCCUUCGUCAUAUGCAACGGCCGGAAGAAGCGACAGGCCGAGCUGGAAGAGCUGAGCAGGGCCAGCAAUCAAAAUUCUUGAAGGCGAUGAAGGGACUUGCACGACACGAAUUAUGGAAUAUU